AUGGAGGGGGACCCAGCUUCCCGGGGGCAGGAGGUCAGCAAGCCCUGCCCGAGCCCCAGCCUCAGCUCCAGCUCCUCCCGGGGAGACCUUGAGAGCUCUGUGGAGUCCAGGAGCAACCUGCCCUAUGGCACCACCAUCAAAGUGAUUCCCUACGAGCCAGACGAGGAGGUGGAGGAAGGGCACGAGGGUGAAGACCUGAUGCUGCUGGAGGGAGAAGCCCUCACAGAAAUCAUACUUCACCUCCAGGGCCAAGAAAAGGACAAGGAGCAUGAAGAGGGCUUCCUUCCCACCAUCCUCACACUCUGCAGCGACACCAAGCAGAGGGGAGAGGAUACUCUGGAGCCGGAGACCUGCAAAGUGGUCCUACUACAGAAGAUCAUGGGCCUGAUGGAGACGGUGGCAGUGGAUGAAGACCCAAGUAGGACCCUGUGCUACAGCAUGGCUGCCAUUUGCAGCCUCAGCGAACUGAAGCCAGCCCUGGAGCCAGCCAUGGAGUCAUGCCUGCUGCAGACCACCCUGAAGAUCUGCCUGACAUCCCCAAGACACAACAGCCUUUAUGUCAGGACCAAACAGCAGAAGCACAUGGAGGACCUGGAGGCCAUGCUGAGGAGCCUGUUGGCCACCGCACCCAGCUUGGACAGGCUGCAGUUCCUUUGGGAGCACCUUACAACCUGGCCGCAGUCUCCCAAUGCCAUGGACAGGACAAAGGCAAUGAGGAGCAGCAACGUCCUUCUCCACUUUGCUGUCUCCCUCCUGCCGCAGUUUGAGGACUCGCCCGACAUGCCCCAGAUGGGUGACACCGUGGCCCAGCUGUGUCUGUCCCACAGCCACCCAACAGCAGACAUCAGCUGCCAGGCCAGGGAGGGCAUCCACCUGCUCGUCCAAAUCCUGCUGCACCACAAGGGUGUUUCAAAAGAUCUUAUCAGAGGGGCAAAGGAGAUCUUCUGCGCAGAGGGCACUUGUGGGGGUUUUGGACAUCAACAUGUGUGUCAGCCGUGCUGCGCUGAUCCUCCUCUACGCCAUGCUGGGGGAAGCCGGCCACCUGAUCGGGGACAAGCUUCAACCAGCAGCGAGGCUGACAGCACCUCCCUGAACAAAUUCACCAUGCACCAUCCAGAGCCUCACUGGCAGCAAGACGGCCCCAGAGGGAACCUCCAGCCCGGAAUCAGCCACCACGCUGGGGUCAUCUACUGA